AUGGCAGACGAAGCCCCAAUCUUCUCGCCUUCCCUGCUCCCGGACUCAAUCAGGAGCAACGUCCCUGACUCGUACAUUAUCCGUCCGAUGGCACGCAAUGAUUACCAGAAAGGCUAUUUCGAGUGCUUGAACGCCCUUACCUGGACUGGAGACGUGACAGAAGCGCAGUUUCGCAAACAGUUCGACUGGAUGGCAUCGAAAGGGGACGGUUGGUUCUACAACGUAGUCAUAGAGCACGAAGGAAGAAUCGUUGGCAAUGGAGUUUUGAUUGCCGAGCGCAAGUUCAUCUGGGGUCUAGGCAUGGUCGGCCACCUCGAGGAGAUAUCAGUCCUCAAAGCCUACCAAGGCAAGGGCUUCGGCAGGCGCAUCAUAGAAGCGCUCACUGCGGUUGCCAAGAACGUUGGGUGCUCAAAGGUGAUCCUUAAUUGCAGCCCGGAGAACGAGCACUUCUACGAGAAAUGUGGCUACAAAGCCUCCGGAAAGGAGAUGUCCAUUGAGUUUCAAAGCGGGGCCAAGGAGCAGCAGGAGAAGUAG